CGUCCGCGUUUCUCUCUCCAGGCUUUGCGCUUCCAGACUGCAAAAAAAAAAAAAAAGAAAAACCCCGACUACUUGACGCUUGGUUGCAAGGCUUCCUCCUUAUUCCUCCUUUUCCUUUCUCUCGGUUCCUCCCAUGCCGCCGUUAAGGCGCUGGAUACGGGGCGAUUUGUGAUCGACCAGGCAGCAGCUCGAUGAAUAUGGCGUGUAUCGGGGACGCUGACCCGUUCACCGCUGCGAUACCUGCCACCAAAGUUGAACUCACGGUUUCUUGUAGACACCUGCUGGACAGAGACACGUUCUCCAAGUCUGACCCUAUUUGUGUGCUGUACACUCAAGGAAUAGCCAACAGGGAAUGGAGAGAGUUCGGCAGGACAGAAGUCAUAGACAACACCCUCAACCCUGACUUUGUCCGCAAAUUCAUCCUGGACUAUUUCUUUGAGGAGAGGCAGAAUCUGCGCUUUGACCUGUAUGAUUUAGACUGCAAGAGCGACAACCUCUCUAAACACGAUUUCCUGGGCCAGGCGUUCUGUACACUGGGUGAGAUAGUCGGCUCCCUGGGAAGCCGCUUGGAGAAACCUUUGAUAGGGAUCCCGGGGAAGAAAUGUGGCACCAUCAUAGUUAGAGCAGAGGAGCUGAGCAACUGCAGGGAGUCGGUGAUGCUGCAGUUUUGUGGUAACAAACUGGAUAAGAAGGAUUUCUUUGGAAAAUCAGAUCCCUUUCUCGUCUUUUUCCGCAGUAACGAAGAUGGAUCGUAUACCAUCUGCCACAAAACAGAAGUGGUGAAGAAUACUCUGGAUCCGGUGUGGCAGGCUUUUAAAAUUCCUGUCAGGGCGCUCUGCAACGGAGACUACGACAGGAGCAUUAAAGUGGAGGUGUACGACUGGGAUAGAGAUGGAGGUCAUGACUUUAUCGGGGAGUUCAGCACCAGCUACAGAGAAAUGUCCAGAAGCCAGUCACAGUUCCACAUCUAUGAGGUGCUAAAUCCAAAGAAGAAAGGAAAGAAGAAGAAAAAGUACCAAAACUCAGGAACAGUCACCCUCCUGUCCUGCCUGGUGGACACUGAGCUCUCUUUCCUGGACUACAUCAGAGGCGGGACUCAGAUUAAUUUCACAGUGGCAAUUGAUUUCACAGCAUCAAAUGGCAACCCGUCCCAGCCCACCUCGCUCCAUUACAUGAGUCCGUACCAGCUGAAUGACUACGCCAUGGCGCUGCGGGCAGUCGGAGAGAUCAUUCAGGACUACGACAGCGACAAGAUGUUUCCUGCACUGGGCUUUGGUGCCAAGCUUCCCCCAGACGGACGGGUUUCGCAUGAGUUUGCCCUGAAUGGUAAUCCGCAAAACCCGUACUGCAACGGUAUCGAGGGGGUGAUGGAAGCCUAUUACCAGAGUCUCAAAUCUGUGCGUCUCUACGGACCCACCCACUUCUCCCCUGUUAUUAACCAUGUGGCCAGGUAUGCAUCAGCAGUGACAGACGGCUCGCAGUACUUCAUCCUGCUCAUCAUCUCUGACGGUGUGAUCACGGACAUGGCACAGACCAAGGAGUCCAUAGUCAAUGCUGCGUCUCUUCCCAUGUCAAUUAUAAUAGUUGGGGUUGGACCAGCGGAAUUUGAUGAAAUGAUCGAGCUGGACGGGGACGAGGAGAGGAUCUCAUCCCAAGGACGAUAUGCCGAGAGGGACAUUGUUCAGUUUGUUCCUUUCAGAGACUACAUCGACCGGCGAGGAAACCACAUCCUCAGCAUGGCUCGACUGGCUAAGGAAGUACUAGCCGAAAUCCCUGACCAGUUCCUGUCCUACAUGAGGACCCGAGGGAUCAAACCCGGCCCCCUUCCACCUCCUUACACCCCCUGUCCACAACCAGCUAUACACCCCCUCCUCACCAGACGGGUAAGCCGAAUCUAAGGGCCGAGGCCUCGCCCCAACACCGGCCAGCCGACUCUACUCUCCUCUCUCUGCUUCUUCUUUUUCCUACUCUUCACUGGAAGCUUUUGAGCACACAGCGAAGCUCGCCAGCUCUAUCAUGUCGCACUCGGGAACGUUUGGCCAUGAGCGGUAAUGCAGGUAACCCAGAGUGGACACUUCCGUUUUUUAGAGGAAGGGAAAUUCCCUCCCUCAGUGGACAAAGGUGGGGUUUUUGAAGGAUCGUGGUGAGGGUCUGAGAUCACCUAACUGCACCAGGAAGAGUGGACAGAACAUAAACUGACUACUCGUAGCUGUCAGCCUGAAAGGGUCUAAACUGUGGAGGCCCUUUUUUUUUUGAAACACCGUUCAUCUAUUUGCUAUUUCUAUUUCCACUUCCUCUAUCUUUCACAAAGUCAUGUUUCUCUAUAUAUAAAUGUUUACAAAAUCGAGGACUGCAGUGGAGGAUUUUUUUGCAGGAGGAAACAUAAUUUAUACCGAUCAAUGUGAAAACCUUUCAGAUUACUAUUUUUCGGCUGCAGAAACCGGAGUUUGUGACUUUGUACAAAAAACGUUCAGGCCCAGGAGUCGCAUUCUUUGUUACAGAGUGUGUAUGAUUUUUUUAUAUAAAUAAAUGGAGCAUGUGCUAGUUUAAGAGAAAGCAUGCACUGUUGUCCUGCACUCAGGGCUUUGUCCCUCCCACACAAACCCCCCCCCCCCCCCCCCGCCCUCUACCACCUGACCACAACCACCAUCACAACCACCACUGCCAUGUUCCAUUAAGAACAAACCAGUCACCCACCUGAAAUCUUCCCACACUCCUUACCUUCUGCUCCGUCCACCUGCCUUGACUCGGAAGGGAAGCUGUGCUCCCUGAGAGUCUGGUUAAAUCAAAUGCAGCAGGGACUCGAACCAGCCUUACUCUUUUGUCAGAUAACAUUCACAGGCACCGUGUUCACCAUGGGUUCUGGAAAUGUGGAUCUCCAAGCCCAGAAGUCAAAAACACACAUUUACACUACCGAACCUGACUGUGUGUUACGUUUUAGAGUCUCUUUAUUUCUACGGAAUGACAUUGUACUUCAGAAACAUUUUUUUUGUGUUGUUUUACGUCUCUCUACCUCUCACUUUGUUUACUAUUGCCAAAAAAAUGUUGUUUAAAUAACAAA